GGCGCCGGGGUCCCCCGUGACAUAAUCAAUUACCUAAUUAAUUCAACAAUUCCUCUUAUUUCUCUAUCGGCCUCAACAAGUUUCGGAAAGAAUCUAAAUGCCCCAUGCCUCUGUUUCCUCCAACGAGUCCGAUUCGAGUAGCUGGUCGAACGCACGUUUAUCAUUCAAGCACAGUUAGAUAUUUCACUUCUCCGUGAUGACCCAGAUUGUCAUCUCGAACGACCCUCUACCGUCGAUAAAGAUAUCCACCCAGAGGCCGUCUUGGAGGCCAUGCUCGAUCACGCCACUGGAGCCGAAGAAGACGAUGGCAAAACGCCUCGUCGCUACGUCGCCUGUGCAAUCACUACCGCUGAUGGCAUUGACCAGCUGAUAGAACUGGCUAAUACCUGGGUCUGGUACCUCUUCUGGCCUUUUAAAGCUAAUGAAAGUGAUAUUCGAGGGCAUCAUUCUGCUUCGGAGAUUGCUACAUCGAGUCGUCCACGUAAAGGAACGUUCGAAGAUAUGGUGAAAGAACGUGAUGGUUCUCGCUGUAUUAUAUCAAAAGUUAUCGAUCGGAAAUCAGCUACUCGGGCUCUGAAAGAGGUCGUAGCGGACGUUGAAACAGCUCAUAUCUUCAAGGGGGCGGUGGCAGCCGGAAAGCGUUCCAAGAAUUCUUUGGCCGAGUACGCCACCUGGAAUAUUUUGCGCCAGUUUAUUGCUCUGUCCAAAGAACAGGUCGCUGAACUUGAUGAUAACAUCGACUAUAUCUACAACGGAAUAACGCUGGAACACACUCUUCAUUCGAUUUUUGAUGAAUUUGGGUGGUCGUUGUGUCCCGAUCCUGAUCAUCACGACCGGUACCACUUUGAAUAUUUUAUUGGCAAUCCUCCGCUGACAGUGAAUGGGCGUGAUAUUGGUGUCAUCUCCUUUGAAGGAUGUUCGGCUGAACUUCGACCAAGACGCCAGCUCAUUCAAUUCCAUUACUCUCUUGCCAAGGUUUUGCGUGCCAGUAGUGCAGGAAAGGUCAUUGAAUCUAUAAUGAAGCGAUUCCUCAGAGGGGGUAGCAAAUCGUUUACUAUGAAUGCUAAUGACCUAGACAUAUACUUAAGUAGCGAGAGGAUGUCUCUUAUGACUGUUUGAUAAUAUGUAGAAUUGACAAGAGCACCUGGCAUAAGCGUGUUGCAUGAGAUCAAUUUGUAGCCUCAAAUUUUACGGUCACAAUGACACUCAAGUAAAGAGUCAUAUAACCGUUCUCGCGAAAGCCGCAACACUGAGCGUCCUGAAAUCAGGCGGUGACUCAUCGUGGAAGCAUCCUUCAGUACUACUGAGGCUCCGAGUUGGACGUGGGCAGAUGGGAGGGAAAGGAUACAGUAUGCGGCCUAGGUACACAGCCAGAGACAGCCAACAAGUACCCCGCAGCGUGGUCAAGCGCUUGGAUGGGAAGGGGUCGUGGACCCGACUCCUUAGAUGAGGGAGUCAAUUUAUAUCCAUGUUCAGUAGAGCCGUCGGUCUUUUCAUGGACAGUCCCAGCCCCAGGCAUUCAGACUUGCAUACACCAUCCCA